CGAGCGGCGUCUGAACACACGGCGGCUGCCGAACGCCCGACGCGGACCUGCGCCGGAGCCCACACCGAGCUCCGCGGCCCCUCGCUUGCCAGGGCGGCCUUGCACCCGUUGUCACUGAGGCGGCGUGCCCCGCAUUCUCCGCUGCCCGGGCCGGCCGGCUCUGCCGUCUGCUGGCUCCCCCUCACUCGCCCGCUCCCUCCUGCGCGCCUGAGUCACCGCCGCCGCCGCCAUGGCCGAGAGUGGUGAAAGCGGCGGCCCUCCGAGCUCCCAGGACAGCGCCGCCGCGGCCGAAGGUGCCGGCGCCCCCGCGGCCGCUGCCUCUGCGGAGCCCAAGAUCAUGAAAGUCACCGUGAAGACCCCGAAGGAGAAGGAGGAGUUCGCUGUGCCCGAGAAUAGCUCCGUCCAGCAGUUUGAGGACUUCCAAGUGUCAAGAAGGGAGAUGAAGUCCAAAUGUGAUCUCCUAGUUUUAUUUUUCAGUUCUCUAAUGAUACAGGAUGUGGAGAAUCUUUUCAUGCACCCAUCCCCAUUGGGUAUCACUGUUCAUUUGGUUAUUUUUCCUAGGCCUCAGGAUCAUUCAGCUCAGCAAACAAAUACCAGUGGAAGCAACGUUACCACAUCCUCAGCUCCUAGUACUAACUCCACAUCUGGUUCUGCCACUAGCAACCCUUUUGGUUUAGGUGGCCUUGGAGGGCUUGCAGGUCUGAGUAGCUUGGGUUUGAAUACUACUAACUUCUCUGAACUACAAAGCCAGAUGCAGCGGCAACUUAUGUCCAAUCCUGAAAUGAUGGUCCAGAUUAUGGAGAAUCCCUUUGUCCAGAGCAUGCUCUCAAAUCCUGACCUAAUGAGACAGUUAAUUAUGGCCAAUCCGCAAAUGCAGCAGUUGAUUCAGAGAAAUCCAGAAAUUAGUCAUAUGCUGAAUAAUCCAGAUAUUAUGAGACAAACAUUGGAACUUGCCAGGAAUCCGGCAAUGAUGCAGGAAAUGAUGAGAAACCAGGACCGAGCCUUGAGCAACCUAGAAAGCAUCCCAGGGGGAUACAAUGCUUUACGGCGCAUGUACACGGAUAUUCAGGAACCAAUGCUGAGUGCUGCACAAGAACAGUUUGGUGGUAAUCCAUUCGCUUCCCUAGUGAGCAAUACAUCCUCAGGUGAAGGUAGUCAACCUUCCCGUACAGAAAAUAGAGAUCCGUUACCCAAUCCGUGGGCUCCACAGGCUUCCCAGAGUUCUUCGGCUUCCAGUGGGACCACCAGUGCUGUGGGGGGCACUGCUGGGAGUGCUGCCAGUGGCACUUCUGGGCAGAGUUCAUCUGCGCCAAAUUUGGGGCCUGGAGUAGGAGCUAGUAUGUUCAACACACCAGGAAUGCAGAGCUUGUUGCAACAAAUAACUGAAAACCCACAACUUAUGCAAAACAUGUUGUCUGCCCCCUACAUGAGAAGCAUGAUGCAGUCCCUAAGUCAGAACCCUGACCUUGCUGCACAGAUGAUGCUGAAUAAUCCCCUAUUUGCUGGAAAUCCUCAGCUUCAAGAACAAAUGAGACAACAGCUCCCAACUUUCCUCCAACAAAUGCAGAAUCCUGAUACAUUAUCGGCAAUGUCAAAUCCUAGAGCAAUGCAGGCCUUGUUACAGAUUCAGCAGGGUUUACAGACAUUAGCAACGGAAGCCCCCGGCCUCAUCCCAGGGUUUACUCCUGGCCUGGGGGCAUUAGGAAGCACUGGAGGCUCUUCAGGAAGCAACGGUUCUAACUCUGCACCUAGUGACAACCCAAGUCCCACGACAGGAACCACUGAACCGGGACACCAGCAGUUUAUCCAACAAAUGCUGCAGGCUCUUGCUGGAGUAAAUCCUCAGUUACAGAAUCCAGAAGUCAGAUUUCAGCAACAACUGGAACAGCUCAGUGCAAUGGGAUUUUUGAACCGUGAAGCAAACUUGCAAGCGCUAAUAGCAACAGGAGGUGAUAUCAAUGCCGCUAUUGAACGGUUACUGGGCUCCCAGCCAUCAUAGCAGCAUUUCUGUAUCUUGAAAAAAUGUAAUUUAUUUUUGAUAACGGCUCUUAAAUCUUUAAAAUACCCGCUUUAUUUCAUUUUGACUCUUGGAAUUCUGUGCUGUUAUAAACAAACCCAAUAUGAUGCAUUUUAAGGUGGAGUGCAGUAAGAUGUGUGGGUUUCUCUGUGUGUUUUUGUUUUUGUUUUUGUUUUUAACAGUGGGAAUCAAUGCUUUUUCAUUUAAGGCUACUGCAUGCAUCAAACACUUCUGCAUUUAUUGUAAUUUUUUUUUAAAAAUCACCUUUUAUAGUUGGGUGAACAGAUUUUUGUCCUGCAUCUGUCCAAUUUAUUUGCUUUUUAAACAUUAGCCUAUGGUAGUAAUUUAUGUAGAAUAAAAGCAUUAAAAAGAAGCAAAUCAUUUGCGCUCUAUAAUUUGUGGUACAAUACUGCUUAUUGUGACUUUGGCAUGUAUUUUUGCAAACAAAAUGCUGUAAGAUUUAUACUACUGACAGUUUCUGCUUUAUUUGUAUACAAUGUAGUAUGCACAGUUGGGAUUGCAUUUCUAGAAACAAACUGCAAUAGAUUAUCUGAGCAAAGCACCUGUAACCAAAAAAAGUGAAGAUAAGGAAAUAUUUUAAAGCUGAGUAUUUCCUAAUUGUGUAGAAUCUUACAGCAUCUUUGAUAAACAUCUCUCAGCAAAAGUGCCGGUUAGUCAGGUUUGCUGAAAAUACAGUAGGAAAGCUGAUUCUGGUUAUCUCUUAAGGACAUUUAAUUGUACAGACAACAUAAUGUAACAUUGUCUCAACAUUCACAGAUUGACUGUAACUUACCUUCAUCUUUGUGCAGACUGAAGGAGCACUGUAGUAUAACCCAAAAGUGCAUUUGCCUAGGACUUUUCAGCUUCUCCCAUAGGUAGUUCAACAGGCAUUACAAUUUGUAAUUGAAAUGUUGCUUUCACUGAAAGUGUCUUGAUGUUUCAGUUAUUUUUAAUUGCCAUAUAAAAAUAGAACUAUCUUUUGGGUUUGUCAGUUUUCUCAUGCACAGGCAAUACAUGAAUUUAAAAUGAUUUGUGAGCCACUUGUUUCUGAAGUGUUUUGGUAGUUCUAUUAAGAAAUAGUUAAAUAUUGUGCUUUUCAGAGCCUCAGAGAAGGGGAACUGGGGGCGGGGGGUGGGGAUCUCUCCUGGAUUGGGCCAGCCUAAAUAAUACUGGCAACCAAGAUUCUGUUAGGAUUUCUGUGCAUAUAGUGUAGUAAAGAGGUAUCAUUCAGGGGUGAAAAACAAAGAGCCGUUUUAACAAUGUUGAGUACAUUUGGCUGUUCUGCAGCCUUUUUCUUCCCUCCCCAAAGAAGUUCUUUUUGCCUAACUCUCAAACUGUUGGGGUGUGGUACAUUCCUUUAGGACCAAUUAAAACAUAACUUGGGGGUCAGUAAUAUAUUUGGCUGACUCUGGUUCAGUAUUCUCUUAGGUCGUUAUAUUCUCUCAUGUACAGUUACAGGAAAUUAAAAUGUUAAAGUAACCUAUAAUGAGUUCAGACCGGUAAAAUCAAGGGAAAUACAAGUUGAAUUCCAUUACUUCUGUAAGUUGCUUGCUAUUAAAAAAGGUCAAGAGGCCAGGUUGCCCACCAGCCCAUGCACUGUUCUGACACUUUCCCCAGGAGGAAAACAUGAAUGAUGGUCAAGGUGGAGGCAUGACUAGAGGAGGUUGUUAAGGAUGAUAUUCAUGUGUCUUUGCUCUCUCUGCCUUAUGCCUCAGUCUGGUUCAAAAACUUUUGUACUGGCAAAUGGUGGUAUACAGUGUGGGAUAGUGUCAUAACCAAUUUGACAGUUUAUUAAUCACAAAAUAACAAUAAAUCUCUAGCUUUUACA